GCCCAAACUAGGUCCGCGGGCCGGGUGCCCGAGCGCCGGUUAUGGACCCGGGAGGACCCGGCCGCUGCGGGGCCCCCGGGGCCGCCUCGCCCGCGCCGCCACCGUUCGCGCGCAUCGCCCCGUCACUUUUCCUCGGGAGUGGGCGCACCGCGGCCGCGCCAGAGCUGCUGGAGCGCGCGGGCGUCAGCCUGUGCGUCAACGUCUCGCGUCAGCAGCCCGGCCCGAGCGCGCCCGGCGUGGCCGAGCUGCGCGUGCCCGUGUUCGACGACCCGGCCGAGGACCUGCUGACGCACCUGGAGCCCACCUGCGCCGCCAUAGAGGCCGCGGUGCGCGCCGGCGGCGCCUGCCUAGUCUACUGCAAGAACGGCCGCAGCCGCUCGGCCGCCGUGUGCACCGCCUACCUCAUGCGGCACCGCGGCCUCAGCCUGGCGCAGGCCUUCCAGGCGGUGAAGAGCGCCCGCCCGGUGGCCGAGCCCAACCCGGGUUUCUGGGCUCAGCUUCAGAAGUACGAGGAGGUCCUGCAGUCCCUGUCCCGCCCGCCCGGGGAGCCCUCGGGACCGGGCUCCCGAACGAGAGAAGAGCUCCAGAAUGAGCCCUAGUCCUACAACCCUUGGAGAUGACCCAGCGCCCAAAGCAGGGCGCAUGGAGUUGAAGGUAGUUCAAGCGCUGCCUGGAGGAUGAUCUUCCUCCUCCCUUCCCUUCUUCCUCGUUGUCGUACAGAGUUUACAUUUCACCUUAAAUGCAGCUCUUGUGCCCUUUGACGGUACUGCAGGAGCGUAUCCACUUAGGAAGGGACUGAGAGCAUCCCUUCCUUAGGUUUAUCAACAGGGCUUGGUCAGGAAAGUCAAUACCACUUGAGAAAUUUUAGGCAGGAAGGUAUUUAAUACAGAGAGCAAGGCCAGGGAGCCAAGGUCAGGAGAUGGGAAAUACAGGAGUCCUGGAGACCCAACCCCCCACCCCCGCCCUGACUGCCUGCCACCUGUUAAGGCCACAGGGGCUUUUCCCAGACCUCAUGCUGGUCCCAUCUUGGAAUCCGGCACGGGACCCAGACUUGUAGUUUCUACCAUACACAGGCCAGGAUGUGAGGCUGCGUGACAGCCUAGCACGGGCACCCUUGGGGCUCUGGGCGCCUGUGCCCACCUCCUAUCUUACAGCCUAACAUCCUGCAGCCACCAUCAUCUCAAAGACGCACUGGCCACCUGUGCAUCUGAGUGUGUUGAUUCCUCUUUUGGUUCAGACACCCCUCACCUGGUUCCUAUGGCCUAAAGACUGUAGAAAAUCAAUCACCGUAGGGCGCCUGCGUGACUUAGUUAAGCGUCUGACUCGGGGUUUCAGCUGAGGUCAUGAUCUCACAGCUUGUGAAUUUGAGCCCCAUGUCAGGCUCUCUGCUGACAGUGUGGAGUCUGCUUGGGAUUCUCUCUCUCCCUCUCUUUCUGCCCCUCCCCUGCUCACUCGCUCUUUCUCCUCGCUCAGGAUAAAUAAACUUAAAAAAAAUUAAUCACCAUCAACACUCCUUAAAUAGGAAAGGGAAAGAAUAAAAAGGGGAAACUGGGCUAUAAUGCGAGUUACAAAGAAUACAGUCCCUGCUAAAUAUAUGCUACUGUAUACAUAAUAAGGUAAUUGAUAAAAUAUCACAAUCAGUUUUUAACAUUUCCUCUUGCCGCUAGUCAUUUCAUGUUCCCUUUCUCCUCAGCCAGCACCUCGCUGGUCCUAGUCUUUCCCGGUGAGAUGACUCACGCCUUCAUUCUGAAGGGCCCUGAGUGGCCCUGCUUGUGUUACUGCUGUGGCCGCCAUCACCUACCACACGAGCGGGAUUACCGGACGCAUCAGGAGAAUGUCCUGAGCUCAGUGUCCUCCUCCCGGCAAGACAGGAUCAGUCCCUCCACCCAGCAGAGCAACCCCUGAUUUGCCCGCUGUGUCAGUGGCCCGGGGAGCCUGGAACAGCCAGCCGGUGUCCCAGCGCGCCAUCCAGGGGAACGUGCGUGUCCCUGGUGGAAACAUGCCACCUGGGAACGGAACCCCUGACUCAGCAGAGCCCAAAGCUGUCCGAUGGGAAGCUCACACCAGGAGGCAUGGAGAUGGUUGUGAAAGGGGCUCCCUCCCCACCCCGCUUACACCUGCACCUGAGCUCUGACCCCCCUGCGUUGGCCCCGGCUCAGCACAUGCACCACAGCUGGUAGCUGGCGCCCAGCCCCUCUCCACGUGGCUCUGUGGCUCCCUGCAGCCAAGCCGGUUUCUACCACCUUUACAAAGGG